UCACACCCGGAAGCAGCGGGCCGGAAGUGGGGUUGGACAGGUUCUCCCCAGGGGUGGGGAAACGGAGGCCCAGGAGGAGGGGGAAAAAAGAAGGUGGAGGAUCCUGGCUGCCACCCUGAGUCCGGCCCGGCCCGCUUAGAACCCUGAGACACAGAGAAAAGGAAGGGCGUGUCGUCCCCCUUCCUCCCCUCCUCCCUGUCCUCAGCCUUAGCCAUGGCCGAGGCAGGGGCCGGGCUGAGUGAGACCGUCACUGAGACAACGGUUACCGUGACAACCGAGCCCGAGAACCGGAGCCUGACCAUUAAACUACGGAAGCGGAAGCCAGAGAAGAAGGUAGAAUGGACGAGUGACACUGUGGACAACGAGCACAUGGGACGCCGCUCAUCAAAGUGCUGCUGUAUUUAUGAGAAACCUCGGGCCUUUGGCGAGAGCUCCACUGAGAGCGAUGAGGAAGAAGAAGAGGGCUGUGGUCAUACACACUGUGUACGGGGCCACCGCAAGGGACGGCGUCGUGCAACCCCAGGACCGAGCCCCAGCACCCCUCCCCAGCCUCCUGACCCCUCCCAGCCUCCUCCAGGGCCAAUGCAGCACUAAAUUCCUCUCUGCCCCACCA